AGAGUUUUCAAAGAAAUUUGUUCUAUUUUAUUGCUUUUGGAAGUUCAUUUUUCAAAAUGCAGCCUUUCACAAUGAUUUUGUGGGUAGUAGGAAUGGUUUUUGCUAUAUUGUUGUCAUCAGUAGCGAAAGCUUCCAUUAUAAGUUGCCCUCCAAGUUCCAUACAGGAACAGAUGAACCCUGCUUUGAGACAACUUUGUUAUGCAAUAGAACAGGCAGUUGAGGACAUUCCAAAACAAUAUACUGAACGAUUAGAUGAACGGAACACCAACCUGAAUACGAAAAGGCAGGACGUUGACCAUGUAUUUUUGAGAUUCGGAAGAAGAUAUGGAUUAUAAGGAAAUGAAACAUACAGUGGUUUUGUCGCAUGACUAUUUAAGGAAAAUGUUCCAAUUUUGAAUGGGAUA